AGCAGCAAAAACUAUUCGCACACACAAUUAAGGUCAAGUUUUCUAUUGAUUCUAGAUCCAAAAGAAAGAAAAAAAUGUUGUUCUUGUUCCACUCUUUAUUUUACUCUCUUCUUCCCUUGUUCUUCUCCUUAGUCUUCCUUCUGAAAUGGUGGCCCAACCAAAAGCCACAAAGAAAUCUGCCACCUUCUCCAUCAAAGAUCCCAAUUAUUGGAAAUCUCCACCAACUUGGAUUAAGCCCUCAUCGCUCCCUCCAAUCAUUAGCUCAACAAUAUGGCCACCUGAUGCUGCUUCACCUCGGCAGCAAGCCUACUCUCAUCGUCUCCUCUGCUGAUGCAGCUCGCGAGAUCAUGAAAACCCAUGAUCUCAACUUCUCGAACAGACCUAAAUCAAGAAUUCCCAGUAGACUUUUGUAUGACAAGGACAUGGUAUUCUCUCCGUACGGAGAGUAUUGGAGGCAACUAAGAAGUAUUUGUGCGCUUCACCUUCUUAGUAACAAAAGGGUUGAGUCUUUCCGUAGAGUGAGAGAAGAAGAAACAACCCUUAUGUUGGAGAAGAUUAAACAGUCGUCGUCCUCUUCUUCUUCGCCAGUAAAUUUGACUGAAAUAUUAAUCUUACUGACAAAUGAUAUUUUUUGUCGCGUGGCCUUGGGAAAGAAAUACAGUGACCGCGGGAAAGGUGAUAUAAAGUUAAAGGAGCUGUUUAGUGAUUUUAUGGAGGUUUUGGGUGCUUUCAAUGUGGGGGAGCAUAUCCCAUGGCUUUCAUGGUUGAAUCAUAUCAAUGGUUUGAAUGGUAAAGUGGAGAAAGUUGCUACAGAGCUCGAUAAGUUUUUGGAGGGAGUGGUGGAAGAGCAUAUGGAUAGUCGGAAAAGAGACAUCGAUGGUUGUGGGAGUGAUGAACAUGAUGAAGGGCAAAAGGAUUUUGUAGAUGUGCUACUUGAAAUUCAAAGGGACAGCAGUACUACUGCUUUUCCUCUUCACAGAGACAGCAUUAAAGCUCUCAUCUUAAAUAUGUAUACAGGUGGAACCGAUACUACAUACACAGCUCUAGAAUGGGAAAUGACAGAGCUUUUAAGACAUCCAAAAGUCAUGAAGAAACUGCAGAAUGAGGUUCGAGGAAUAGCCAAAGGCAAAGACAACAUAACCGAGGAUGAUUUAGAGAAAAUGCAGUACUUGAAGGCGGUGAUCAGGGAGUCUCUGCGGUUACAUACUCCAGUACCAUUGCUAGUUCCUCGAGAAGCCAUUCAAGAUGUCAAUGUAAUGGGCUACGACAUUGCAGCCGGCACACAAGUAUUUAUCAAUGCUUGGGCAAUUGCGCGGGAUCCAUUAUUGUGGGAAGAUGCUGAAGUGUUCUGGCCAGAUAGGUUCUUGAACACUUCUAUAGAUUACAAAGGGAUAGACUUUCAAUUUAUUCCAUUUGGAGCUGGUAGGAGAGGUUGUCCCGGAAUCCAUUUCGCUGAGCCCAUUAAUGAGCUUGCAUUAGCUAAGCUUGUUCAUAAGUUUGAUUUUGUAUUGCCCAGUGGAGCGAGAGACCAGGAUAUGGACUUGACUGAAGCCCCUAUUGCAACCUUAAGCAGAAAAUACCCUUUACUUGUUGUUGCAACUCCAUAUUCUUGUUAGUGUACUUGCUGCAUGACUGAUGAAACUGUUGGGAUUUAUAUGCCCUGGCAUAGCAAAUUCCUGUUUGGAUUAAAGUGACAUAUGUUCCUGACGUUUAUGAAAUAUUUAUGUUUUAUACAAUUGGUGAAUUCAA